AUGCCAGUCACGCCAGGUGUACUGCCGGUCACCACGGCUAGGGCACCACAGUUUCGCCCCGUCAGAGCAGUACGUCCAUCACGUAGCUACCCAAAUCUGUUGGCAGGACGAGCAGAGGAAACCCCGGCUUUAGCUACAGCGCCCGCCACUCAAACUUCAGGGGCCCUCGAACGAGAGGAGACGAAUCGGAAACUCACGGGUGUACAAGGAGCGGCACCUCAGGCUGAUAACGCCGUCCUCGGGCCGAAUCUACAACCGCCUCCCACUCCGGCACCGGCGGCACCACUAACGCAGCCCCCCCAGAAUCUCACCCAACCGAGGUCUGUACCUCCGGGUCUGAUGCCAGUGGUUGAACUAAUCGCAACACCAGUUUCCAGGGGGGCAGUACCAAAAACCUGUCCAUCCACCAGUAACGCCAACGACUCCACAUCUGGACACACCACCACACCACCCGUGAUCACCAUCGACGAAGACCUCGAGGACACCGAGGAGCCGGGGGAAUAUCCCCUCCCCUGGUGGGCCACCGAGGAACAGGACCCGGACAACGCAGGGGGUCCAACCCUGGAAACAACACCCGCCACUAUACAUCCAGAUGACAAACCGACUCGUGCAGAUUGGGAUUUCCAGCCACACUGCUACAACUGUAACUCCCCGGAUCAUCGCCGCCAACAAUGCCCCAAACCUCGCAUCAUAGUGUGUUACAGUUGUGGGCGCAAAGGGGUCGCCACGAAAACGUGCCCCCAUUGUGGAGAUCAGUGGAGGGCAGCCGGACCCUACGUCCCAGCACUGGGGCGUAACGUACCUCGUGUGAAGUUACAGACUCGAGCUCCACCAAGCGAUACAGCUGCCGAAACUCCACAAACUAGGAAGCGCAUCAAGCGUCAGAAGCACCCCCAGGCUGUCAAGACAUCGAAGCCUACCGCCUCACCGAAGACCCUACGAGGUGGGCCCCUUCCCUCGCCACCACCUAGACCAGAGGAACGUUGGGCAUAUCAUACACCCUCCUACGAGGCUAGGAGACUUCAAGGAUCUCCACAUCAGUCCGGAGAUUCCCAGGAAUAUGGAGGACGUUCCCAACGUCCCCCGGUGCAGUAUCAUGCCUUCUCACAGGAGCGGGGCUAUGAGUAUAGACCCCAGCAAGAGGAGUACCCACCGCUGGGGGGAAACAGAACGUGGGGAAGACCCCACGAAGGCGCGGAUUGGCGUCGAGAGGAACCACGUCGAGGGCGAGGAGGACUACCCGACCCUCGCUACGAACCAGAACUGAGGGGUUACCGUGAGCCACCCCAGGACUACUAUGGGUCAACGAGAGAUCACGACCUCCCCUCGAGGGAUCAGGGACGCAGAGGCCGGGGGGAAGGACCCAGGUACCCUCCUCGAGACCGUGAGUAUGACCCCGACUACUCACUCAGGGGACCAGAGCCACCACCACCCGGCUACUGGUAG